AUGCACCCAUGCUCCCCUGCACCCAAACAUCCACACCCCUACAUCCACGCUUCCCCCUCCCUUCCCCCACGCUUCCCCUCCCCUUCCCCCACGCUUCCCCUCCCCUUCCCCCACGCCAAAACUUCCCUUCCCCCACACUUCCACACCCCAUCUUCCAAUACUCCCCAUCCCCCGCUGUUACACACCCUUUCCCUCUCGGUUUUACCAUGCUUCCCACGGGUUCCACUCCCCAUCCCCCACUGUUCCACUCCCCAUCCCCCACUGUGCCACUCCCCACCCCCCACCGUUACACUCCCCUUCCCCCACGCUGCCACUCCCCUUCCCCCACGCUGCCACUCCCCUUCCCCCACGCUGCCACUCCCCUUCCCCCACGCUGCCACUCCCCUUCCCGCAAUCUUCCAGUCCCCUUCCACCACGCUUCCACUUCCCUUCCGCCCAACGCUUCCACUUCCCUUCCCCCACGAUUCCACUUCCCUUCCCCCACGAUUCCACUUCCCUUCCACCACGCUUCCACUUCCCUUCCCCCACGCUUCCACUUCCCUUCCCCCACGCUUCCACUUCCCUUCCCCCACGCUUCCACUUCCCUUCCGCCCAACGCUUCCACUUCCCUUCCCCCACGAUUCCACUUCCCUUCCCCCACGCUUCCGCUCCCCUUCCCCAUUCGGUCCUCUCCCCCCAUCUCAUUGCGCAUCUCCCAUCCCCUCUGAUCUCACUCCUUACUCCGGUUCCCUCACGCUUCCACUUCCCUUCCCCCACGCUUCCACCCCCCUUCCCCAUUCGGAACCACUACUCCUUCCUCCACGCUUCCACUCCCCUUCCCCCACACUUCGAAAUCGGCAAAUUCCACUGAUUCACUCCCCUUCCCCCACUGCUUCACUCCCCUUCCCUCACUGUUUCACACCCCUUCCCCCACUGUUACCCAACCCUUCCCCCACUGUUAGACUCCCCUACCCCCACGGCUCUACUCCCCUUCCCCCACGCUUCCACUCCUCUUCCCCCACGCUGCCACUCCCCUUACCCCACUGUAUCACGCCCCUUACCCCGCUGUUUCACUCCCCUUCCCCCACCGUUUCACUCCCCCCCCCCCACUGCUUCACUCCCCUUCCCCCACUGCUUCACUCCCCUUCCCUCACUGUUUCACACCCCUUCCCCCACUGUUACCCAACCCUUCCCCCACUGUUAGACUCCCCUACCCCCACGGCUCUACUCCCCUUCCCCCACGCUUCCACUCCUCUUCCCCCACGCUGCCACUCCCCUUACCCCCCUGUAUCACGCCCCUUACCCCGCUGUUUCACUCCCCUUCCCCCACCUUUUCACUCCCCCCCCCCCCCACUGCUUCACUCCCCUUCCCCCACUGCUUCACUCCCCUUCCCUCACUGUUUCACACCCCUUCCCCCACUGUUACCCAACCCUUCCCCCACUGUUAGACUCCCCUACCCCCACGGCUCUACUCCCCUUCCCCCACGCUUCCACUCCUCUUCCCCCACGCUGCCACUCCCCUUACCCCCCUGUAUCACGCCCCUUACCCCGCUGUUUCACUCCCCUUCCCCCACCGUUUCACUCCCCCCCCCCCCCACUGCUUCACUCCCCUUCCCCCACUGCUUCACUCCCACUCCCCUACCCCCACGGCUCUACUCCCCUUCCCCCACGCUUCCACUCCUCUUCCCCCACGCUGCCACUCCCCUUACCCCACUGUAUCACGCCCCUUACCCCACUGUUUCACAACCCUUCCCCCACCGUUUCACUCCCCUUCCCCCACUGUUCCACUCCCCUUCCCCCCCUGCUUCACUCCCCUUCCCUCAUUGUUUCACACCCCUUCCCCCACUGUUACCCACCCCUUCCCCCACUGUUAGACUCCCCUACCCCCACGGCUCUACUCCCCUUCCCCCACGCUUCCACGCCUCUUCCCCCACGCUGCCACUCCCCUUACCCCACGCCAGAACAUCCCUUCCCCCACACUUCCACUCCCCAUUCUCCACCGUUCCACUCCCCAUCCCCCACCAUUACACACCCCAUCCCCCUCGGCUCAACUCCCCUUCCACCACGCUUCCACUCCACUUCCCCCACUGUUGCACUCCACUUCCCCCGCUGUUUCACUCCCCUUCUCCCACUGUUCACACCCCUUCCCCCACUGCUCACUCCCCUUCCCCCACUGUUUCACAGCUCCGGUGCAUCCACGGCUCAGCAUGA